AUGGCGUUCUUAAAGGACUCUCAGAAGAAACCCUACUUUGGUUUGAAAGGGGGGUGGCUAACGUUCUGGAUUACUGUUGCCUGUGCCACCGAUAUGAGUUUGUUUGGAUACGACCAAGGUCUUUUUAGUGGUGUUGUGGUUACGGAAGACUUUCUGGUAGUUCACGACCUAGUGGGACGCUCAAAGACCACGACGCUCUCCACUGUAACCGCCAUCUACGACGUUGGGUGUUUCUUCGGUGCACUCGUGGCCUUCAGCAUUGGCGAGCGCCUCGGUCGGAAGAAGUCAAUCUUGCUAGGAACCACCCUUAUGGCGAUCGGCACCCUGCUCAAGUGCACGUCGUACAGUCUUCCACAGAUAUUCGUCGGUCGAGUCAUUCUCGGUUUCGGAAAUGGUAUCAACACAUCAACAGCGCCAAUCUGGCAAACAGAGACUUCUUCUCCCAAAUGGAGAGGGAAGCUUGUUUUCCUGGAAAUGGUCAUGAACAUCCUUGGCUUCUCCAUGGUCAACUGGAUCAACUACGGGCUUUCCUUUGCCGGUGGUGCAGUGGCCUGGCGGUUUCCGAUCGCUUUCCAGUUCAUGUUUAUCUUCGUUCUGUUUGCAACCGUCCCAUGGCUUCCCGAGUCCCCGAGGUGGCUUAUGCAAAAAGGAUACGAAAAGGAAGCCGUCGAAAUCCUUUCCUGCAUUGAAGACAAGCCCGUCGACGACCCUUACGUUGUGGCACAGAAAAAUGAAAUCGAAUACGCGAUCAACUACGAGCGAGAGAAUGCCAUCCGAUGGCGCGACAUUUUUCUACGCAGAAAGACUGACAGCACAGACACCAAAACCUUGCGACGACUGAUCCUUGGCGCCGGCACACAGUUCAUGCAACAAUUUGAAGGCGUGAAUAUAAUGUCCUAUUAUCUGCCCACUGUUCUUAUGCAGUUCGUCGGGCUUUCUGACUCGAUGGCACGGCUUCUUACGGCAGUCAAUUCAGUCACCUAUCUGAUUUGCACCUGCUGUGCAGUAGGGUUGAUCGAGAGGAUGGGACGCCGCGGCCUGAUGAUGCUGUCUACCGCGGGCCAGUUCUUUGCUUUCCUGAUCAUCACGAUUCUGCUGCGCUAUGCGGAGGCCAAUGCUGAUACACCCCAAGGACAGAAAUUCGGCUCCGCCUCUAUUGUAUUCUUUUUCCUUUUCUACAUUUCCUUUGGUCUUGGUAUGCUCGAGAUCCCUUGGCUUUAUCCUACGGAGCUCAACUCCCUCCAAAUGCGGAACAAGGGAGCUGCUGUGGCGACGGCCACAAAUUGGCUUACGAACUUUGUCAUCGUGGAAAUCACUCCGAUUGGUAUUCAAAACAUCGGUUGGAAGUUUUGGAUCGUCUGGACGGUGUUCAACGCUGCCUUUUUGCCAGUCAUCUAUUUCUUCUAUCCUGAAACGGCCAACCGUACCUUGGAAGACAUCGACGCAUACUACCGUUCCAACCCGUCGUUGAUCGUCGUCAAGGACCCGGAUGCCAUCUCCGUUAAACGCCCGCUGAAGUACAUCGAGCAUGAAGACCAUGAGAUGAGAAAGAUUGGUGAAAUCAAGACUAGGAAAGCCAAUGACCUUAUGGUAGAACAUGUGGAAUAA